AUGCUGACGAUUAAUAAGCACAGAGGACUGUAUCGCAACAAUCGUCUACCCUUCGGCGUGAAGUCAGCACCUGGCAUAUUCCAGCAGAUCAUGGAUUCAAUGAUAUGUGGACUGGAAGACGUUGCUGCCUAUCUGGAUGACGUGAUAGUCACAUGCCGCACACAACAGGAGCAUCGCUCUAACUUGGAAGCGCUAUUCGGAAAGAUCCACGAAUACGGCUUCCGCGUCGGAUUGGAGAAAUGUAACUUUUUGAUGUUUCAGAUCCGUUAUCUCGGAUGCAAUAUAGAUAAGGACGGACGCCAUCCUGACCCAGAGAAGAUUGAGGUCAUCCGCCAGAUGCCAGUACCGAAGAACGUGGCAGAGGUUCGCUCGUUCCUUGGUAUGAUCAACUACUAUGGAUCGUUUGUCGCGCAGGUGCGCCAGUUACGCGCACCGCUGAAUGCUUUGUUAAAGAAGAACGUUCCGUUCAAAUGGAAUGAGGAAUGUGAAGCAGCCUUGAAUCGUGCCAAGGAAGUGCUUGCUUCAGACCUGCUCCUGACGCAUUUUGAUCCCAGUCUGGAUAUAAUUGUAGCGGCCGACGCAUCAGACCAUGGAAUUGGAGCAGUGAUUCUGCACAGGAUGCCGGAUGGGACCGAGAAGGCAAUAUGA